AUGUCCACCUCCACCACCGCAACCGGCCAAAACCAUCACAACCGCCAACCCUCCCCCACCACUCCACCCCCCUGGCUCACCCUCUUCCUCUCACACCUACACUCCCUCCCCCCUCCCUCGCGCUCCUUCACCCUCUCCACCCUGCACCCCUUACCACCCACAUUCGCCUCAACCAGCACCCCCACCCCCUUCUCCUCCACCGUCCCCGUCCUCCCCCGCGCUCGAACAUGCAUCUACCGCGGUCUCUGGGCCCAGCUCCCAACCAACGACAAAAACCCUGCCGAACUCAACCCCUCGGUAUUCGAUAGUGACCUCAUCACAUUCACCACGGACGCCCGAAUGGAGAAAGCAGCUGAGAUCGUAGAUACCGCUUCUGGACAAAGGAUCGAGGAAGGCGGGGGUAUGACGGGUGGUGGAGGGCCGGUUGAGGCUGUGUUUUGGAUCGAAUCUGCCAAGGGGGAAGAUGGACAAGAAAAGAAAGUGAUGACGCAGUGGCGAGUCCGCGGAACGGCGUGGUUAUUGGGUCCUGAUGCCGACGGGGAAGGGGCGGCGAAGGUGAGGGAGGUUUUGAGGCAGCGGAUGAGGAGGGUUCCCGGCGCACAGAAAGAGGAUGAAGAGGGGUGGAGCUGGAGUAAGGAGGUUACGGCGCAUUUUGGCAAUUUGAGUCCGGUGAUGAGGGGAACGUUUAAGGGGCCCCCGCCGGGACAGCCGGUGGCGUUUCCGCCUGGGAAGGGAGAGGAGCUGGGGCAGGAGGUGGAGGAUUUGCAGGAUGAGGUGGCGAGAAGGAACUUUCGGGUGGUGGUGAUUGUGCCGACUGAGGUUGAUCAGGUUGAUCUUUCUGAUGCGAGGAGGCCCAGGCGGUGGUUGUAUUUGUGGAGGGGGAAGAGUUAUCAGGCGAGGGAGGCGGGCGGGAGGUGGAUGGGGAGUGGGAGAAGGUUGAGGUUUGGCCUUAGCGCCGUUGUGAAUAUAAUGGGUGUGUAA